GUGAAGUGCACCUUUGGGCAUCUCUGUAAGGAACUUUCUAAAGAGGAUUAAUUCAGGAAGAAGACCCACCCUGCAUAGGCAGCAUCAUGCCAGGGACUCGGGGCCAGGGAGAAAACAGGAACCGGCCGGUAGAUUUGGGAACGCAUUGAGCAAUCAGCCUCAUAACCUGCAAGGGACAAGGAGCAAGAUUCUGAAUGGUCAUUUGCUCUCCUGGGAGGUCAACACUGCUUUGAUUCCCAGAAUCAGGAGAAAUGGCAAAGCGUACCUUCUCCUCCUUGGAGGCAUUCCUCAUUUUCCUGCUGGUAAUGAUGACAGUCAUCACCGUGGCUCUUCUCACCCUCUUGUUCGUCACCAGUGGGACCAUUGAAAACAACAAAGACUCCGGAAAUCAUGGGUCUUCAACCACCCAGGGCCCUGCAGCCACCCAGACCUCUCCAAUCACACACAUUUCAGACCCUCCUCCAGCCACCCAGACCUCUCCGAUCACACACAUUUCAGACCCUCCUCCAUCUCAGAACUUCAGUGGCUACUACAUUGGUGUUGGGCGAGCUGACUGCACAGGACAAGUAUCGGAUAUCAAUUUGAUGGGCUAUGGCAAAAGCGGCCAGAAUGCACAGGGCCUCCUCACCAGGCUGUACAGCCGCGCUUUCAUCUUGGCCGAUUCAGAUGGGUCAAAUCGGAUGGCAUUUGUCAGUGUUGAACUAUGUAUGAUUUCCCAACGACUCAGGCUGGAGGUCCUGAAGAGACUACAGAGUAAAUACGGCUCCCUGUACCGAAGAGACAACGUUAUCCUGAGUGGCACUCACACACACUCAGGUCCAGCAGGGUAUUUCCAAUACACACUCUAUAUACUAGCCAGUGAAGGCUUCAGCAAUCGAACCUUUCAAUACCUGGUGUCUGGCAUUGUGAAGAGCAUUGAGAUAGCACACACAAAUCUUAAACCAGGCAAAAUCUUUAUCAACAAAGGAAACGUUGCUAAUGUGCAGAUCAACCGAAGCCCCUCUUCUUACCUUCAGAACCCACCGUCAGAGAGAGCGAGGUAUUCUUCAGACACAGACAAGGAAAUGGUAGUCUUGAAAAUGGUAGAUUUGAAAGGAGAAGACUUGGGCCUUAUCAGCUGGUUUGCCAUCCACCCCGUCAGCAUGAACAAUAGCAACCACCUUGUGAACAGCGACAAUAUGGGCUACGCAGCCUACCUGUUUGAGCAAGAGAAGAACAGAGGAUAUCUACCUGGACAGGGACCAUUCGUAGCAGGCUUUGCUUCAUCAAAUCUCGGAGAUGUGUCCCCCAACAUCCUUGGUCCACAUUGCACCAAUACAGGAGAGUCUUGUGACAAUGAGAAAAGCACCUGUCCCGUCGGCGGGCCUAGCAUGUGCAUGGCCAGUGGACCUGGGCAAGAUAUGUUUGACAGCGCACAGAUUAUAGGACGGGCCAUCUACCAGAGAGCCAAGGAGCUGCACGAUUCUGCCUCCCAGGAGGUGACUGGACCAGUGUUUGCAGCUCAUCAGUGGGUGAACAUGACAGAUGUGAGCGUGCAGAUCAAUGCCACACACGUAGCGAAGACAUGUAAACCUGCCCUGGGCUACAGUUUUGCGGCAGGCACAAUUGACGGAGUUUCGGGCCUCAAUAUUACACAGGGAACAACAGAAGGGGAUCUAUUUUGGGACACUAUUCGGGACCAGCUCUUGGGCAAACCAUCUGAAGAAAUCAUAGAAUGCCAUAAACCCAAGCCAAUCCUACUUCACACUGGAGAGCUGACGAAACCUCAUCCUUGGCACCCAGAUAUUGUUGAUGUUCAGAUUGUGACUCUUGGGUCGUUGGCCAUAGCUGCUAUCCCUGGGGAAUUUACAACCAUGUCAGGACGACGAUUUCGAGAGGCAGUUAAAAAAGAGUUUGAAUUGUAUGGGAUGAAGGAUAUGACCGUUGUUGUUUCGGGUCUAUGCAAUGUUUACACACAUUAUAUCACUACAUAUGAAGAAUACCAGGCUCAGCGGUAUGAAGCAGCAUCUACAAUUUAUGGACCACACACUCUGUCUGCAUAUAUCCAGCUCUUCAGUGACCUUGCUAAAGCAAUUGCUACGGACACAGUAGCCAACAUGAGCAGUGGUCCUGAGCCUCCAUUCUUUGAAAACCUGAUAGCUACACUUAUCCCUAAUAUUGCGGAUAGAGCACCGAUAGGCAGACAGUUUGGGGAAGUCCUGCAGGCAGCAAAACCUGAAUACAGAGUGGGAGAAGUGGUUGAAGUUACAUUUGUAGGUGCUAACCCAAAGAAUUCAGCAGAAAAUCAGACCCAUGAAACCUUCCUCACUGUGGAGAAGUAUGAGGACUCUAUAGCCGACUGGCAGAUAAUGUAUAAUGAUGCCUCCUGGGAGACGAGGCUUUAUUGGCACAAGGGACUACUGGGUCUGAGCAAUGCAACAAUUGAAUGGUAUAUUCCAGAUACUGCACAGCCUGGGAUCUACAGAAUACGAUAUUUUGGACACAAUCGGAAGCAAGAACUUCUAAAGCCUGCCGUCAUACUUGCAUUUGAAGGCAUUUCUUCUCCUUUUGAAGUUGUAGCUACUUAGUGAAAUGUUGACAGAUCUUGAAGAACAGCUUUUCUCUGUGUACAUUAUAGAGUGAUUUCACACAAAUGUGAACUAUCAGUUUGAUUUCUUUUGUGGCUGUCCCUGCUUGGGGGACAGAUAGUUUAUUGCUGGUGGGACAGAUAUGCGUGUUUAUGUGUUUGUAUGAUUAUGCAUAUGCAUGCUUACAGGGAAGGGAGAGAAGAGGGCAGAGAGAAAAAGAAAGAAUGAAUGAAUGGUUAUUAGUGAAUGAGAGACUAUGUAUGAGAGAAGUUGUCUGGCAAUCAUGCUUCUUGUGGUCUUCAUCCUAAAGCAUGAUUUUACUUGAGGCUUUGUGGUUCCUUAAGAGAUAAUUCCCUUUAAUAUGAAAUCUCAGCAAUACAAUGAUAGUAUUUGAAGAUAUGUGAACAAUGUUUAACCUAUUAUUUAUAGACUUUUUGAAUGAGAAUUCUAGAGAACUUUCUAGAAAUCCUCUAGAUUGAUACUUGAUUUUCCAGAGAGGUAUAACAAGGUCUAAUUCACUUUAGGUUAGAAUAAGAUUAUUAUAUAUAUUUUCCCCUAGUUGCAUUUACAAAGUAUCAUGUAAACUUACUACAAAUAUAUGAGCCCAGCUAAAAUACACCCAGAAAAAUUGCAUGCCAGAUUUUUCUGCAUUCAAAUGAGCUUAGUUCUUUCAAUCUUUGGGAUGGGUCUGCCUGGCUCAGGGUUAUUGUUCAUGUUCAGAUCUUUUCUGUGAUUGCCUCCAGAGUCCAUGUAUGUGGAUGUCCCUUACAGUGCUUUGAUCAUGCCUUGAAUUCCUCAAAGUGUCCUUAUCCUGCUAGAUCAUGUCUAGUCUUCCCAAGAAUUACUAGAAAUGGUUUUUAAAUGUUUCGCCAGUCAAAUGUACCUCAAACUAUAAAGCUUUGCCUUGGAUGUAGAUCUUAAGACAAAAAUAUUAAGACUGGAAAUACAGUCAUCAAAGGGGAAAUUUAAAAGGCAUCUAUCUGUUCUCUUAGCAACUACUCACUCACUCACGGUUCUUCUGAAUUAUGGAAUAGUAAUUUAAACAUACAUAUCUGGUGUUGUACUCAUUCAUGUCAUAUUGAAAUGAUUGCAUAGAUGAAUCCUCUGAAGAAUAGAAUAGUCAACCAGAAAUCUAAGUUCUGGAGGGAUCUUUGACAAUCACACAUUUUUCAAAUCAUCUUCUACGCUAGUUAUUAUGAUUUGGGAAGAAAGAGGCCCAAAUAAUUUUUAAAUAUUAGUCUGAAAGUAAUGUUUUAGUGCUUAUGAUAUAGUCUAACCUAUGAGAUAGGACAAUCUAAUAUGAAUUGAAAGUUCUAGUUGCAUUUAAAAUUACCUAAGUUAGUUAGUAAAGUCUAGUCAUAAUAUUGCAGGUAGGUAAAGGAGUAGGCAUUUUAAGAGAAAAUCAAUCUUCAUUUCAAAAGUACCUUAUUUUAAAAACAGAAAUGGUAAGGCAGACCUGCACUUUUUUUCCCCUAUGGCUUAUAUACUUAAGCAUAGUAGACCAAACCAAAAGGAGCCUAGAGCAUGGUUUGCUGACUUUGUUUUCCAGUGUUUCUAUGGAGGAUGACUGCUGAAGAAUGAGCUAAUCAGGAUUGUCAAGGCUUGUGUAAAUAUCUAUUCUGAUGAGAACACCCUACUAAGUGUAAAUAUUCAAGGACUUAACCCAUUUUGAAAAUAGUUUAUCUCAAAAUAAAAAAAUGAUAGCAGAACCCAUGAUGUGAUUGAAAAUGUAUUUCCCAUGGUUCCAGAACAACACAAUGAUGUAUUUCCCAUCACCAUUCCCCCAAUGAAGCUUUCCUCAAAAAGUCUGCCUAGGAAUCCCUCCUUAUCAUUGGUAACUAUGCCAUAGUGACCAUUGUAUCAUGCAUCUGCGUGCCCAGCCCUGCAUGGAAACAAACCACAGAAACAUAGUUCCUCAGUAGACUUCUUCUCUUGCAGCUAGUAUGCCUCUAGUUUUUGCAGUCUAUAAAAAAAAGACAAACCAUGACUAGGUCCCUGCAUUAUAUAACCUCUGUUAUCUGGGCAUUAAGGAACCCCAUCAGGUAACUGAUUUGAUCAGUUCAUCUAAAGCCACAGAUCCUGUUUGUGUCUCUGUCUGUAAAUAAUGUCAUGGAGCCAAAAUGCAUGGAAGAAGCUCUGGAAAAGGAUAUGGGAAGUGGUGGUUGGGUUGGCGAGAGCACUGUUUUGGAGGAGAGUCUGUUUGUCCAACUGUCUGUAUUUCACUUGUUGUGCCUUGCCUACUCUGAUUUCAAGGAUACUGUGAUUCCUUUAGAGUGCAUAAAACAAUUUCUUUUCCAGGUCUAUAUUUUUAUGCAUCCUGUAAAAGUUAUUAUUCUGUAAAAUUGUCAGUAUUCAAGAGACUAUUUAAUAAUAAAUUAAGAACUAUACUUGGAAAAAGUGUUUGGGAAAAGUAUUUUGUAAUGAGAGGUAGUGUGGACACUUGGAAGAAAGAUGGAAGAAGGCUGUGGUUCUGUUAUUCAAGGUCGGGGUGUUAUUCAAGCUUCGUAGAUAGAUAGUCACUCAAACUGAAUAUACCCACUCCCAGUUCCCUUCCAACCUCUGAAGGUCUGAUGCUAAUAACGUGUGUAUAGCAGGUACUCUGUGAGCUUCUUGGACAACUGAGACAUUUUUUUUGGCAGGUGGCUAGUUAUAAAGUUAUGAGCUGAUUCUGAAUAGCAAGACCAAGAAUAAAUU